GCAUUUCCUUUAAAUAAACAUCACAUCCCUCCGCUCCCACAAUACUCUGCCCGUCUUCCCUUUCACUGUUUGUUGUAUCCAUGGCAACGCAGGUCUUCGAGUUCCCCUCCACUGUCUAUGCCAGGUGAGCGCGUCCACCCGCUAGCCCAGCAUGAACCAGGACAAAUGGGCCCAACCCGGGUGGAGAAUCGAGCAGAAGUACGCCAGCAAGGUGCUGCUGGGCAACUGGGCAGAAGACAGGCUUCAGUUCAGCCGGGAGCCGCGGGCCGCCAGCAGCACUAAUCGCGCAGACUACCGGCCCCACUGGGACUUCAAGCCAGACACCUCGGAGAGAAGAUCUGCCCUGCUGAGAGCUGAGGGGCUCCCGUCCAAGCUGCUAUUUGCACACGGAGGCGCGCCGUCCACUCGCCGCCUGAUGACGCAUUACGAGCAGAGCUUCGGGCCUAAUCGCACCAGCGCGCUGCCCAAUCUGCGCUGCUGGCGCCCGGACAGCUCGGCGCGGCAACCUGAGCGGAGCCACCGGCCAACGUCUGCUCUUCCAGCCGUCCACGAGCCGCCGCAGUCCACGGAGCAGCGCCCGCCGGCGCCGAGCGUCUACAGGUCCGAGUACCAGCGGCACCCGCUCAGCGCCUUCUGCCGGCGCCGCGCCGCCAGGGCCCCGCGCGAGCGCUCCAGCCACCUCCACGCAGCCAACCGCGACAACAAGGACCUGGGCCUGAGGUGGGGCCCGAUGCUGCAGGUGCCGGAUCCCUGCCUGGGCCCGGCCCGAUGACCCGCGUCACAGCUGUUGUAUGUGUGGGUUAUAAAAUCUAACCAAGUCCAUCAUUUGGGACAUUUAAGGAAAUGAAAACAUGAACACUGCUGCUGUAUGUGGCCAUUUUGUUUACAGUAUAUCAAGGUGUAGACUGUGAUGAAAAUAUGUUCCAUUCAUACAAACUCCAUGAUGUGAUAGCAGAGCUGCAGGUAAAAAAACAAAAGAGCACAACAAAUGUGGACGGCAGCUGACCUGCGUCUCCACCAGAACCCACGAGUCCAAGGCGGCGUCUGAAGGGACGUGUCUGACUCCCGUUCCAUUAGGUGUUUAAUUACAGGGAAUCAAAGUGUUUAAUUAGGAAGAAUCAAAGGCGCUUCUGUUUGAUGGUCAGCCAUCUGCGCCGCCUCCCGCUUCCCGCCCGCGUGCGUCCUUUCAGCGCAGCUGAAGCCCCGCGUUUCACCCGCUGUUAGUUGGUUAAUCACUGCGCUGCGCUGCGCUGCGGACGCCCGCGCGUCACGUGACGCCUCGGCGGCGCGUCGUCUCCAAGCGGGCGGCGUUUGCCGCGCGAGCCACAUGAUGGCGCUACGGACGCACGUCACGGUGGAAGCGGGCGGCGCGUGCUGCGUCCCGAGCUUCCUGCUUCUGACGGAGAGACCUGGUUAUUAAUAAACACGAUGAGGGAUUUAAAUUUCCAA